AUGGGUGCUCCUUCAAUGACAAGUAGAUAUAACGAAGUCCACAAAGAGGAAACAGCAUUUGUAAACAAUUUCUGGGAUGACGCCGAUGUCGGGUACUCCCAUGUCGUCAACCGGGUCAAAAAUUCCGUCUCCACCAUGCAAGAGUUGCUAGACUACUAUUUAGAACGGAUCAACAUCGAAAAAGACUAUUCCCGCAAACUCGAGCGGCUCAACCUGUUGCCACUCGGCAGAAACGAGACCGGGGUGUUGAAGAAGAGUUUGGAUAAGCUCAACUAUGAAAACAACCAGAUGGUGAAGUUCAACACCAAGUUUGUCAAAUCCGUCAAUCAAAUCAACUACGAGAAACUUAACCAUUUUUACGUGAUGUAUACCAAGAAGACCAAGCGUAUCAUGUCCCACAUACACAAGAUUGUCACCAAGAAAACCGACAUAUUGAAGGAUCUUACAGUGACCAAGGAGGCUUAUAAGCAGAAUUGUUCGCAAGUCAAGUCGCUCGGAUUGACAGUGCAGACUACUUGGGGAAAAGAGUUGGAAAAGAAUGAAAAGAAGUUGGAGAAGUUGCAGCAGAGCUCACAAGUCACCGAACGUAACUACCGGAUCUCCAUCGACAACUUCAACAAGAUCAAUGAGAUUUUCAAAAGGGACUGGAUGUUGGCCCUCAGUGAAAUCUACCAGUUGGAGAUCGAGCGGAUCCAAUUGAUCAAAAUCAACUGUUUCAAUUUCUGCAACAAUGUAGCCACCUUAUGUGUGGACAACGAUCAGUCGGCCGACUUGGCACGGAGUUUCUUUGCUAAGAUAUCGCCUCCUCAAGACAUUCAGGAUUUCAGCAACAACUACGGAACCGGUAAUAAGAUACUUGUGGAGCCCAAGUUCAUCGACUUUAUGAAAGGCUUGGACGACGAGAACGACAAGAACUACGAGACAGCUGAAUUCGAGAUUCCCGAGUUCAACCAUCUUUUGUCGAGAUCAUACUCCACAUACUCACUGGCCACUCAGCAGAGCCGGCAACUGCAAACGACUCAACCACUUAAACAACGGAGUUUCGACCCACAAGCACUGCCUGAGUACAGACGUCGUAGUUUCGAUCCACAAUCACUGCCUGAACGCAAACACCGCAGUUUGGAGCCACAGACACCUUCGCCCAUAAAGACGUCUGCUCCCGAGAUCCCACCCCCAAAAACUUCUACCGUUGAACCUCUAACUACCCUCAGCUUGCCCAAACCUGAAGAUACCAAAUCAAAUUACAGCACCAACAACCUUUCUCCCGAUGAAAGAACCGAUAUUUUCUCCAUAAAAUCCCACAAGUUCAACGACAGCAACGGUUCAUCCAACUACUCCAACCCCACCAACUAUUCAUCCAAUUCUGCUGGUGAGCGGACCUGGGCAUCUCCCAGAAAACGGGAAAAGCAGCUUUCCCAAUUCCAGGAAAAAAUCAACUUGAAGUCCAAGGACUUGCCUUCUCUCGAUAGAAGCACCACAUCUUGCAACGCAUCACCCACAAAGACCCCUAUCACCAAAGACUUCUCCAUUGACUUUAUUGCCAAAGCGCUCGAGGACCUCAAUUCUGGCGGAAAUGGCGACGUCAGCCAGUAUCGUCGGUCGAUGAGGAUAUCUCGCCACCAGGACGAGCUUACACAGUCCCAAACCGCCCCGACCACCCCAUUCGCUAUGAAAAUACGGCCUGAAAGAGACGACCAUGGCGAAGUGCCCACCCGGGUCGACACUAUCAGCUUCAAAUCUCCGCAGCCCAAACGGACCAUGGAUCCAUUGUCCGUCAAACAGAAAGUACGCCCCAAGUCCAUGUAUGAGUCUGUGGCAUUCGAUGCUGCCAAGUCGGUGAACCCUCAAAUGCGCACCCUCUCCAGGCCCAGGUCGUUCACAAAUCUCCACUCAAUGAUCAGCCAGGUUACACCUGUUAACAAAAAGCCGUUUUUGGCCAAGGCCCGAGCCCGCUACUCCUACAAGCCCCAGCACCAGGGAGAGCUUUUCUUCCGCAAAGGAUGGAAUAUGUAUGUGAUCCACAAACAGCCUGAUAAUUGGUACUUGUGUGAAUUGGGAGAUAACUGCGACGAAAAAGUGGGGCUCAUGGGGCUUGUUCCUGGGAACUACGUUGUAGAGGGAGAUGAUGUGUUCUAA